ACAUAAACGUCACACACACACUGUUGCGCUCCAUCAUAAUUUUUGUUUUGUUGCUCCGCUGCUGACUGAGUUCUUUUAUUUAAACAAUUGGAAAUACGCGUAGAAGCAGACAAUAAUCGCGCUAUUGUAAAUGCAGUUUUCAUUGGGAGUUUGCUUAUGUAACGCAGCAGGAGAUUAGCAGAAGGAACUUCAUACAAAAGGCACUCGAACGGAAUUCCAAGGAUACUCGGACACAGGACUGCAGCAACAAAAACACAGCCAUGUCGGUGGCAGGUCUGCGACAGUGCCUGCUCCUAUGGAGCGUGGACUACUGGAACUUGGAAGUCAUGGCUGACAAUGUGUUCAAGUCGCAAGAUAUCGGGCUACGCGCUCAAAAGAAAAUCCUCUCACGCAUGGCAACAAAAAACAUUGCCAAGACGUUCAUCGACGGUACAACGGCCUCGCUGCUGGAUAAUCUCUACCGCCUGUGCAAGCUGCAUACCGGCAACAAGGCCAAAGCGGAGAAGCUCAUCAAGAACAUCAUCAAAAUAGUCAUCAAGAUUGGUGUGCUGCAUCGGAAUAAUCAGUUCAGCGACGAGGAGCUGCGCAGGGCAGACAACUUUAAGCGCAAAUUUCAGAACACACAGCUGUCCAUCAUAUCAUUCUACGAAGUGGACUACACCUUCGAUUUGGGCUAUCUGCAAAAGUCUAUAGCGGAAUCGCGUGUGGCCCUCAAGUCCAUUGUGCAGCCGCAUCUGACGGACAAGUCGCUGGGCCGCAUUGAUGAGGUUUUUGAUUUCUUUGGUGAUGCUGCGCUCUUGGAGACGGCCUUCAAGCCGGACUCGCCCUACCGCGAGACCAUGGGCAAGAUUGUGGCGGAUAUUAAUUCAGCCAUGGAAACGGGUGAUAUCUGAGCGGGUGGAGGCGCUCGGCAAGUAACCAAAAACACACCAAAAGACACUAAAUAGCUAGCUGCAACAAUGGCAAGGCUUGGCUCACACCCACCAACACACCAAAACACACACACAAAACUAGCUGUAGGAAAGCGAAGGAAAAGACAUGGGGCAGAGUUUAGUUUAGUUAUUUGGGAUAGUGAUAUCAUCGACAAAACACAGCAAAUAUCAAAAGUGAAGAAACGUCCAUGUUCGUAUUGAUUUGUUAACAAAUUUGUGUA